AUGGCACCUCAGAAGCCUACUGCUUCGAAAAAGGCCGCCGCUGCUGCACCGGCCGCCGCCGCUCCAGCAAAAGCCGCCGCCUCUGCUGAGAAGACGAAGGCACCGAAGCAGAAGCGUGCCCGCAACCUCGCCGCCCCAGGCCGACUGUACGUGAAGGGCAUCUUCACCGGGUACAAGCGCUCGCUGCGCAACCAGUACGAGAACACCGCGCUGCUGAAGCUGGAGGGCGUCAACAAGCGCCCCGAGGUGGACUUUUACCUGGGCAAGCGCGUCGCCUUCGUCUACAAGGCCAAGACGAAGAAGCCCGUGCCCCGUCGCGAGGGCAAGACCAGCAAGUUCCGCGUCAUCUGGGGCAAGGUCACCCGUCCGCACGGCAACUCCGGCGCCGUCCGGGCCAAUUACCUGGGCAAGCGCGUCGCCUUCGUCUACAAGGCCAAGACGAAGAAGCCCGUGCCCCGUCGCGAGGGCAAGACCAGCAAGUUCCGCGUCAUCUGGGGCAAGGUCACCCGUCCGCACGGCAACUCCGGCGCCGUCCGGGCCAAGUUCCACAAAAACCUGCCGUCGAAGGCGAUGGGCAGACGGGUGCGCAUCAUGCUCUACCCGAGUCGAAUCUAA